UGUGACAACAGCGAGAGGACAGAGAGGGACAGAGAAGGACAGAGAGAGAGGGGAGGAACACGAUAGAUUGAAUGAAAGAGUGAGACAGAGUCUAGUGUUUCCUACAUUUUGACAGUAGUGACAUCUCCUGCCGUAGAGCUGCUGUGGUGGAUUUGACUGACAGUUGCUCAGUCUUUUUGUUUGCUGUUUUCUCUUUGGUUCGUUGGAUGCUGCAGGAUUGAUGGAGAUACAACAGAGUCACUCAGCACUGCUGUACACCUGGAGACAAGAGCUGCACUGACAGAGGUCUGCUAAGUGGUCGAAACAAAGUGGGUGGACAGACAGAAUACGUGUCCACACGCGUACGUAGGUCCUCGGCGCGGCUCUCAGGAGAACUAUCUGGCCAAUAAGCAGUGGUGAGGAGCAAGGCGAGCCAAUUAGGGAGAGAUGUUGGGGCAGGGCAGGCACACGGCCCUGGCUCUCGUGUCUUUACUGCUUCUAUCAUUGCGUGAGGCAACACCCAUCGAAGUCCCACAAGACCCAAAGAUCCAGCAAGACCUGAAGCAACCCCCCACUAUAGUCAAACAGUCAGUGAAGGACUACAUUGUCGACCCAAGAGAUAACAUCAUCAUCGAGUGUGAGGCCAAGGGCAACCCAGUGCCAACGUUUUCAUGGCGAAGGAAUGGGAAGUUCUUCAACAUUGGGAAAGAUCCCAGGGUGACUAUGCGAAAACGCUCAGGAACACUGGAGAUUGGUUUCCGUAGCGGGGGACGACCAGAGGACUACGAAGGAGAGUACCAAUGUUUUGCUACCAAUGACUUUGGAGUAGCUCUGUCCAACAAAAUCCUGCUGCGGGUCUCAAAGGCUCCUCUGUGGCCCAAGGAGGUGUUGGAGCCAGUGGUGGUGACUGAAGGCUCCCCACUGGUUCUAACCUGUAACCCCCCACCAGGACUACCUCCUCCCUUUACCUUCUGGAUGAGCAGCGCUAUGAACCCAAUAUCACAAGAUAAGAGAGUGUCUACAGGUUUGAAUGGAGACCUGUACUUCUCCAAUGUUGUUGCUCAAGAUGCUCACACAGACUACAGCUGCAAUGCUCGCUUCCUCUUCACACACACCAUCCAGCAGAAGAACCCCUUCACACUCAAAGUUCUCACCAAGGAGCCAUAUAAUGAAACAUCUUACAAUGCCACUGACCCCUAUGGUGGCCGUAAAGUAUCCGAGUCCACGCCGACCUUCCUCUCACCAUCAGGCAGUGAGAGCUCCAAAAUUGUGCAACGAGAUGAGCAACUGCUACUGGAGUGUAUCGCUGCUGGACUACCAACUCCUACCGUCAAGUGGUUCAAGAAGGGCGGGGACCUGCCAGGAAACAAAGUGAAGUUUCAGAAUUUCAACAAGACCCUGAAGAUUAUCAGUGUGUCAGAGGAGGAUGCUGGGGAGUAUGUGUGUAUGGCCAACAGUCAUUUAGGCAGCAUACGCCACAGCAUCUUUGUCCAGGUUAAAGCGGCUCCUUACUGGCUGGACAAACCUACGGACCUGGUGCUAGCCCCGGAUGAGAACGGCCGCCUGGUGUGUCGGGCCAACGGGAACCCUAAACCUAACAUUCAGUGGCUGAUCAAUGGACAACCUAUAGACACCUCUCCUGCUAACCCGAGCAGACAGGUGCUUGGUGACACCAUCCUCUUCCGCUCAGUGCAAAUGGGAAGCAGUGCUGUUUAUCAGUGCAACGCCUCCAACCAGCAUGGGUACCUGUUGUCCAAUGCCUUCGUCAGUGUUCUCGACAUGCCUCCGAGGAUGCUGGGCCCUAAAAACCAAUUGAUUAAAGUCAUUGAGAACAACCGCACCUUUUUGGAUUGUCCAUUCUUUGGUUCCCCUCUGCCUGAACUACGCUGGUUUAAGAAUGGACAGGGCAGUGGGCUGGAUGGUGGUCAGUACCGUGUUUACAUCAACGGCACCCUGGAGAUCAAAAGGGCUCGAACAGAGGACGAGGGCACGUACACAUGUGUUGCCAACAGCAUCCUGGGCUCAGCCGAGAACCAGGUCCGCCUGGAGGUCAAAGCGCAAACUCGUAUAGUCAGAUUCCCUGAGCACCAGUCAGCCAUCAGGGGCUCCACAGCUCGUUUCAACUGUAAAGUGAAGUCGGAUCCCAGCCUGCCUGUCACUGUGACCUGGACCAAGGAUGACAAGGCUCUCUAUCUAGGAUGGAGGCUGAGGAAGGAUGAUGAGUCACUGACCAUCCCCAAUGUGAAUGAGGGUGAUGAGGGAACAUACACCUGCACUGUUAAAUCUGAGAUUGACCAGGACUCCGCAUCUGCCCGCCUGACUGUGUUAGAGGAAGCCUCCCUCAACCCCUCACUCUCUAGUGCCUUGCCUCCAGACCGCCCAGACCCUCCCAUAGAUCUAGAUCUGUCUGACCCAGCAGCCCGCAGUGUUCGCCUCACCUGGAUCCCUGGAAAUGAUCACAGGAGUGUCAUCACAGAAUUCUUGGUCCAGUUUGAGGAGGACCGCUGGGAGCCAGGCAGGUGGCAGAACCUGUCCACUUACCCUGGGGACCUCAACUCUGUCAUCCUGCAGCUCGCCCCAUUUGUCAACUACCAGUUCAGGGUCAUCGCCAUUAAUUCAGUUGGCCAGAGUCAGCCCAGCCGUCCCUCACCAAGAUACAAGACCAGUGGAGCGGCUCCAGAUGUAAUUCCCAGAGGUCUUAGAGGAUGGGGCUCCAAGAAGGACAACAUGGAGAUCACUUGGGAGCCACUGCUUGAUCUGGAGAGAAAUGGUCCAAAUCUACAAUACAACGUGUGGUGGAGACGGAAGGAUGUGGGGGAAGAGUGGAGUAAUGUGACCACAGAGGGGUCCAAACAUAUCAUCCACAACACAGAAACCUAUGUGCCUUAUGAGAUCAAAGUCCAGGCCAGAAAUGAGUUUGGGCAAGGACCUGAGUCUAAUGUGGUCAUUGGAUACUCUGGAGAGGACAAGCCCACAGAUGCUCCCACUGACUUUAGGGUAUCAAAGGUCGACAGCACCAAAGCAAACAUCCACUGGAAGUCUGUGGACCCAAACUCUGUCCAGGGAGAGUUCAAAGAGUACAAGCUGUAUUACUGGCGUGAGUCCAGUAUAGUCCCAGGUUUGAUGGUCAGUAAGGAGAAUAAGACCAAAGGGAUCUACAGCACCACGUCCGAGCCAUCUGGCAUCCUCAGUGACCUGGUGCCCUACUCUAAAUAUAAGAUGUUUAUAGUUGUGGCCAACAGACACUUUGAAGGCCCUCCCAGCAACACUGUGGAGUUCUCCACCAAGGAGGGAGUCCCCGAUGCUCCAAGAUUCUUCAGGAUCAACAGGAGGAGUUUUGACACUAUCUACUUGGAAUGGGAUAAACCUUUGGAGCCAAACGGCAUUCUAACUGGAUACCAACUCAAAUAUCAAACAGUCAAUGGCUCCAGGGUGGGUCGACAACAGCUGGAGACUUUUCUUCCAAAUAUGACAGACUUCACCCUUCGCCUGCCAGAUCGAUCUACCCGCUUUAAGUUCUUACUGUCAGCGCUCACACAGGUGGGAGCAGGAGAGGUCUUCGCUGAGGAGUCCCCACACUUCACCAAUGAGGAUAAUUUUACUGAUACUACAGGUCUAGUCAACCUUACAGACACCUCUGUGGCUUCAACUUUCACUCCCACUCCUCCUCCUCUCGCUUCUCUUCCUCCUACUACCAUGGCUCCUACAACCAUCGCUCCUACAACCAUUAGCACCUCAACUACUACCACUCCUAAAGCUACAACUUCUCCUUCUACUACAACAACUCCUACUACCGCCACCACUGCAACUGAGGCAACAACUACCACCACACCUCCUGUGCUAGUCACCACCAGGCGUACCGAUCAGAAUGUGUUGGUGGUCCCUGGGCAAAAGAUCUGGGAUCUGACGGUGGAGCCUAACAGUAACUACGCUAACGUCAGCUGGAGACACAACUUCCCGGCCGGCAGCAGCGAGUUUGUGCUAGAGUUCACACUGGACAGCAACAACACGGAGAGAACAGUACGAGUGACUCAACAGCCCCCCAUUAGAGUGGCGGAUCUGAUCGCAGGUGCCGCGUACCGUCUGAGGGUUUACUCCCAUGAAUUCAACAGCAUCAGCAGCAAUUAUUUCAACUUUAAGACCCAAGCAGCUUACAUAGACCAGGUAGACAUCGCCACUCAGGGCUGGUUCAUCGGCUUGAUGUGUGCCAUUGCCCUCAUCAUACUGAUCCUCCUCAUCGUCUGCUUCAUCAAAAGGAGUCGUGGUGGCAAAUAUCCAGGUGGCUGCUGUGUGACUGGUUUCGCAAAAUAUCUCGUGCGUGACAAAAAAGAUCUCCCCUUAGACUCAGUGGACCAUAAAGACCAGGAUGGAUCCUUCGAUUACCAAAAUGGGUCAUCUGUCCCUGACAGGAACGAAAACGAAAACAGCAGCGAUGAGGACAACAAGCCUCUGCAGGGCAGCCAGACUUCGCUGGAUGGCAAUGUGAAGGAAAGCGACGACAGCCUCGUGGACUAUGGUGAAGGUGGCGAUGGUCAGUUCAACGAGGAUGGCUCUUUUAUUGGCCAGUACACAGUGAAGAAGGACAAGGAUGAGACAGAGGGCAACGAGAGCUCCGAGGCCACUUCACCUGUCAAUGCCAUCUACUCACUGGCAUAGCCUCCCAGCAGCACAUGGGGGGCUAAGUGCCCCAAACAUCCACCCAGUGAUUUUAGGGUUUUACAACAGCACCAUACACCCCACACAGACACACAGACACACACACACACACAUACAAACAUAUUACUAUAUGAAACACCAAUAACACAGAAGAAAUGCAGCAGGGCCUGUCUGGAGACUGUGUAGACUUUCCUCUGAUGAUAACAACGAGAAACUCGGGAGUGCAACUAGACCACAAGCCUUUACUUUAUGUUUCCAGCUCUAAAAUAUGGCCUGUCUGAGGUGAUGUUUGGACAAAGUGGACAGUGCUUGUUUUACUCUGUGCUCUGCCUGCCCUUUACCCACACAGACUUGAAGUGUGCCUUCUGGGCAGCCUCCAGUAUUUGGAGGCAUCUACAAGUGUUAUUUAGAGAUUUUUCCUUUGUUUGUUCCUGCUCUGAACAUUUUCAGUGUCCUUCCUGAUGCGCCCCUCAUACUUUAGUGUAGCAUCCCAGUAAAGUUCACACAGUGGUUACACACAAACCCACACACUCGCCCCGUGUUUUAACAUAUCAGCUUUGAACCAUCAAACUCAACAGGAUGCUGGCAGAUAUGUUUAUCAUAUUGAUAUUUAAGCAAUGAAAGAUUUUAGUUUUUCCACAGCUGGUAGAUGAGUCAUUAAAUCUUAAUGAAUGCUGUAUACAGUCCUGGCACACAUUUUAGUGCCCCGCAAAACUAUGCACUGUCACUUCCACAAUAUCAUUAUGGUUUUAAUCUGGUCAGUAAACAGUACAUUUAACUUCACUUUUACCAUAUACAGUCCAAACUCCCAUGCUUUCUAUUAACUUUGCCUUGUAUCAUGUGGUAGACUUUUUUUUUUUUUACCUUUAAUCCAAUCGAUCAAAAUGGCUGCCAUAACAAAAGCCAUUUCACCACAAACAGCCAACUUUGCUAUAGUGUGUUUUCAAUGAAUCCAUUUAAAUAAUAUUUUGGAGCACUGUAGAAAGGCAAGUGGACUACAACUCAGUGAAUUUCCUAGUCAGCAUGCAGGCUAAUGUUGCAUUCAUGUCAAAUGGGAUAGUUCAAAUGGUGACUGUAAAGCUCCAACUAUUACCAUUAAUAUUCGAUAAUUCUGUAUUACAAUAUUCUGUUGCUUUUUUGUCAGUUUCUCAUUUGUUAACCAUAUGAAUAUGUAAGUAUCAUAAGUACGUUUUAUAAAUCCAACAUUGUUGGAUUGCAUUGCUCAUUGCAAUGACUAAUUGUGGUUAGUUAAAACAUAUCAAAACACCAAAUUUCCUAAAUCCUUAUGUUUUCAGGUUGGAGGCUGAUAUACAUUCUCUCCUGUGUGACAUGAAUACAAUAUGAGAAGUUUAAGGUGUGUUCAGACAAAAUGUUGCAUUGUAUUGUACACAAAUUGAAAAGGAUUUUUAUUACAAUCUUUAGUCCCAAACAGCCAGAGUACAGAUGUUAGCUUUAACUUAACUUGUAGGCCUACUGUAUGCCCCAACUUAUUUCAGUUCUUUCUGAUAUUUUCCUCCAGACCUCCAUUUUCAAUUCAUGACAUUGUGUCAAUCACACUGCCUCUAAAGGUUUUUUGUGUUUAGAAUGUACAGAAUGGUCAGCACCUUUUCCAGUUCCAGAAUUUUUGUUUAUAAAUUUGACCAAUUUGUUAUGCAUACAAAAAGAAUACAGCAAUGGGGUCAUGUAGGAAACAUUUGAAACUACAGUAUUUACAGCAUGAAGAUAUAUAAAUUAAAUUCACAACCCACUUUGAAAUGAAACAAGCUGAGGUUUUAGUUUUUGCAGAGAAAGACAAAAAAGAGAAAACUGUUUAAUUAACAGAAUAUGUUUUAAGUAGUUGGCAUGCUCGGUAUCUCACUUGUCCUACUACCAUAUAAGUCAUCUAGUCAUUGUCUUUGCAGACUUAUGGACUGCCAUUCAAUCAUCUGCUCAUGUUUCUUUAGUUAAUACUAAUCAUUCAGUGAGUGCUCAUUGGUUUUACCACAGAGUUUUGCCGCUCUUACUGUAGUUGCUGGUCAAGAGGGCUAUUAGACCCUCCAAUGCUAAAUCACAUGGUACUUAAAUACAGUUAAAAACUGUAUUUUACAUGGUAUUUUAAAUAUUUAUUUUAUAUUUCUAUUUAUGACAUUAUGUGGAUAGUAUUAAUAUAUUAGUUCUUUAUUUAAUAAUUGUUAUAAUCACUCAUGACAGACUUAUUCUAGUUUUCACACACCAGAAAUAGCCAAAGUAAAGAUGUCUUCAGAAUCUGUUAUUGCUUAUCAUGAGAGGCAUUGAACUCAACAGUAUGAAUAAGAUAUUUUUGUAGCAGCUGGCUUUCUGCUGUAAACAAAACCAGAAAAAGAAAAUACUGUACCUGUCAUCAUGUUAUCUGUCCGUUGUGCUGCUCUUCUUGUACUACUGUUAUUCUGUGUUGUUUUUCUGAUUUAUGUAACAUACCAUUUCUACCACACAGAAAAUUAAUAUUGUUGCUUAUUAUUUAUUUGGCAUAUAUUUUGUACACGUUGGUCUCUUAUCUUUGUAAAUAUUUCAUGGUCAAUUUCCCCUGAAAAAUGCUUUAUUUGAAAAGAAAACAAAGAUUCACAAAUUUGCAUCCACCAAGCAAAUGCAACCGGUGCAUCUCUAGUGUGUCAUGUACCUCUGUUAUGUAGCUUUGACUAGCAUUUGCACUCAACAAGAUCCACCCUACACUCUAUCUUUCCCUUUGCUUUGACAUUGUAAUAUAUAGAACUGACUGUGACAAGUCAGUCACUUGCUUAAUGAUGGUCUGAAUUCUAUAUUGUGAAAGAGGAAUAUGUAAGAUUCUCUAUGAUGUAAAUACAUUCUGCAAUAUCCCAUUUGUAGCAUUUGUCGCAUAAAUACUGCUAGUAGGCCUAAAAAACAUGCAUUCUCUGAUGUAUUGGAACAAACUCCGUCCUUCACACUAUUCUUUCUGAGACUGUCUACUCCUUCUUUCCAAAUGCCUUUUUCCCAACAUUGUUGCAUAGCUGUGUCCCAUUUCAGAGGAAUAAAACUUGAGCCUUUUCCUCCACAGUUGAGUACUCACAUAGCCAAAAAGAAAAAGCUGAGAUUAUUCUUUCCAUGUCCCUGAGGGUCUAUGUGACAUUUAGUCCACAAGAAUCUGUGGGACGCCUAAACUUUACUCACACCAUACUCUAAGCCCAUGAGAAUAUGUCCAUCUAUUUAAAUGUCUAGUAUAAUGUAAACAUAUGGUUGAUACAUGUCCACUGUCCACCAUGCUGCCUGUUUCCUUAUGUCCAGGUUUAGUAAUUCAAUUCAAUUUUAUUUGUAUAGCACCGAAUCAUACAAUAUAUUAUGUUACAUAUUUAUAGGGAAACCCAACAGCACUUUAGCGACUGUGGAGAGAAAAAAACUUCCUCAGUAACUAGAAGAAACCUCUAGCAGAACCAGACUCAAUGUGGGCGGCCAUCUGCCUCGGCCUAUCAUGCUGCAGUUCGGAUUGUUGUCAACUUGUAACAUUUCCAAGAUUACCAUGUGUAAGUUUUCCCUAAAAUAAUGUAACCUUUUCACUGCAGGAUCUUAAAAAUCCAUUAUCUGGGGCCUCCCAUGAGGCUUUGGUUCAAAAUAUCAUCUAGUGCUUCCAACUGGUCAGUAGCUUUAGUCAUUUACACCAUCAUGCGCUUAAUCUUUUAAUCAUUUCGGUUCAUCUUUCUCCCUGUGGUAUCUGGCUCUCAGUAUCCCCAUUCCUACUACAUGCCAGAUGUCGUUAUAGUAAUUGUUGUUUUAUGAUAACACGUGUGUCCAAUCAUAAUCAACAGCACUGCUGCCAACCCCUGAAAGAAACUGAAAGUAUCACCGCCUGCAUAAAGUGUAGUUCCACAAGCUCAAAUCAGGUGGAGAACAGUGAGACCAAAAGCAGAACCUAUGAAAAUGGCCACCUGUUAUCUUUGUGUUGCUUUGUUUCAAUGCAAGUUACAAGCGAUAAAUACCAGUGGUAAACUAGGACAACAAAUUCAAGAGCCAACUCAAGUUUAUUUUCACGUUGACUUCACCUGAACGAACAGUUUAACUGUGACUUAACAUGUAAAUGGUUCUCAUUCAAUUUUCCAAAUUCAGGAAGAAGGAGGCUGCCAUUCUUUGCUUAUUUGGAAAUCUGUACAUUAGGAAAGAUGUAAUGGAUCCACUAUGAUAUUGUCCAGAUUACAGGCAGCCAUUUUGAAAACAGCUCUGGUCUAGUACUUCUCACCUCUUCCACAAGAAAGAGAUGUCUUAUUCUCCCCGUGUGUCACAGUGGGGAAAUGUAAACUGAAGCAAAGUGAACUUCACAUAUUUGCUGAUACACAGUGCUUUUUCUGUCAUUUUGUUUGUCUGUGAACAUUGAUUUGAGGUGCAUACAGAAUCAAUCGUCUCUAUUUACUGCUUUGUCUCAGCUCACCUUUUAUGUGGGAAAAAUGUCAGCGUGCAGUUUUUCAGCUUAUUUUUUAUUUGAGUUUAUAUAAGUCUUGAAUUUCCCUGAUGCACAUAUGAUAUUCGCAACUGGAUUUUGUAAAAUGGUUGAUCACAUGCGGUAUGGCUUUUUGUAAUUUCUCACAUUAGCAUCUUCUUUUUACCAAGUGUAUCAGAGCAGCAACGUCUUGCUUCAUCAUGCUGACGGCUUUUGUUAGGUACAUCUACUCAACAGAAAAUUGCAUUAAUAUAUUCACCAUGUAUGCGUGUAUGAUGAGAUGUUGCAACUUCUGCUAGCGACGCCUUCUUUAUAGUAAAGCUAUCUCCUUUUCUCUA